AUGCCAGGCAGAGGGAUGUUUUUUGGCAUGGGCAAGCUGGAGCUAUUCAUGUGGGGCAUGAUGCUGUGCGCCCUACUGACGGGAAGCGCGGGUGCGUGCCCUGCCCUGUGUACCUGCAGCGGCACCACAGUCGACUGCCAUGGACUGGGGCUCAGGACCAUGCCCAGGAAUAUCCCACGCAACACUGAGAGGCUGGAGCUGAAUGGUAACAAUCUUACACGCAUCACCAAGAGUGACUUCGCUGGGCUCAAAUACAUCCGAGUUCUGCAGCUGAUGGAGAAUCAGAUUACUGUGAUCGAGCGUGGGGCUUUUGAUGACAUGAAGGAGCUCGAGAGACUUCAGUUGGAUAAAAACCACAUCGGCUGCGUCGAGGACGGCGCCUUCAGAGCUUUGCGAGGCUUGGAAGUUCUAACCCUGAACAACAACAACAUCAGCAGCAUCCCAGUUUCCAGCUUCAACCACAUGCCCAAACUGCGAACCUUCCGUCUCCACUCCAACAAUCUCAACUGUGACUGUCAUCUGGCCUGGUUGGCCCAGUGGCUCCGACAGCGGCCUACCAUUGGUCUGUUCACUCAGUGCACAGCACCGCCCGAGCUCAAAGGUCUCAAUGUGGCCGAGGUUCAGAAACAUGAAUUCAGCUGCUCGGGCCACCAGUAUUCCUCCAGUCCACAACCGUGCAACACAGGUGGAGGUUCCUGUCCCGCCAUGUGUACCUGCAGCAACAACAUCGUGGACUGCAGAGGGAAAGGUCUGACUGACAUCCCGGCCAACCUGCCGGACAGCAUGGCUGAAAUACGUCUGGAGCAGAAUGGGAUUAAGGUAGUUCCUCCAGGAGCCUUCUCUCCCUACAAGAAGCUGCGUAGGAUAGACCUGAGCAACAACCAGAUCUCGGAGAUAGCUCCUGACGCCUUCCAGGGUCUGCGCUCCCUCAACUCGCUCGUGCUGUAUGGAAAUAAGAUCACCGACCUGCCUCAGGGUGUCUUUGAUGGCCUCUAUGCCCUGCAACUGCUUUUGCUGAACGCCAACAAGAUUCACUGCGUCCGUGCCAACACCUUCCAGGACCUGCAGAACCUCUCGCUGCUGUCGCUGUAUGACAACAAGAUCCAAACUCUGGCCAAGGGUACCUUCGCUUCACUGCGAGCCAUACAGACCCUUCACCUGGCCCAGAAUCCAUUCAUUUGCGACUGUAACUUGAAGUGGCUGGCCGACUACCUGCGCUCCAACCCCAUCGAGACCAGCGGCGCCCGCUGUGCGAGCCCCCGUCGGCUGGCCAACAAACGCAUCGGGCAGAUCAAGAGCAAGAAAUUCCGCUGCUCCGCCAAGGAGCAGUACUUCAUCCCAGGUGCCGAGGACGCCCGGCUGAAUAACGCCUGCAACAGCGAGCCGGUGUGUCCUCCCAAGUGCCGCUGCGAGUCCAGCGUUGUGGACUGCUCCAACCUGAAGCUCACCAAGAUCCCCGAGCACAUCCCGUCAUCCACCACUGAGCUGCGCCUCAACAACAAUGACAUCACCACUCUGGAGGCCACCGGAGUGUUCAAGAGCCUUACCCAGCUAAAGAAAAUCAACCUUAGUAACAACAAGAUCACAGAGGUUGAGGACGACGUGUUCGAGGGCGCCUCGUCCGUCAACGAGCUUCACCUCACAGCCAAUCAGAUCGACACGGUCCGGAGCGAGAUGUUCCGUGGCCUGGAGGGUCUGCGCAUGCUAAUGCUCAGGAAUAACAAGAUCAGCUGUGUCCACAAUGACAGCUUCACGGGCCUGCACAACGUGCGUCUGCUGUCUCUCUACGACAACCAGUUGACCACCAUCACCCCUGGAGCCUUCGAUACCCUGCAGACCCUCUCCACCCUAAACCUUCUGGCCAACUCGUUCAACUGCGACUGCCGGCUGUCCUGGCUGGGAGACUGGCUGAGGAGCAGGAAGAUAGUUACGGGUAACCCUCGCUGCCAGCGUCCAGCCUUCCUAAAGGAGAUCCCCCUGCAAGAUGUGGCGCUGCCUGAUUUCCGCUGCGAGGAAGGCCACGAGGAGUCAAGCUGUGUGCCCAGACCUCAGUGCCCCAGCGAGUGCACUUGCCUGGAGACAGUGGUUCGCUGCAGUAACAAGCACCUCCACAUGUUGCCCAAAGGAAUCCCCAGAAACGUGACGGAACUGUAUCUGGAUGGAAACCAGUUCAGUGUGCUACCAAAAGAGCUGUCCUCCUUUAAAUUCCUUCAGCUGGUGGACCUGAGCAACAACAAGAUCAACUCUCUGACCAACGCGUCUUUCGCCAACAUGAGCCAGCUAACCACUCUAAUCCUGAGCUACAACUCCUUGCGGUGCAUUCCUAAAAUGGCCUUCAGUGGACUGCACUCCCUCCGACUACUGUCUCUCCAUGGCAACGAAAUCUCAGAGCUUCCUGAUGGCAUCUUCGGCGACGUGGCCUCACUCUCCCAUUUAGCAAUCGGUGCCAACCCGCUGUACUGCGACUGCCGCCUGCGCUGGCUGUCUGACUGGGUCAAGACCGGAUACAAAGAGCCCGGUAUCGCCCGCUGUGCUGGUCCACGUGGCCUGGAGGGCAAACUGCUGCUCACCACACCGGCAAAGAAGUUUGAAUGCACGGGUGAGGUGGAUACAGCAGUGCUGGCCAAGUGUAACCCAUGUCUGUCCAGCCCGUGUCAGAACCAAGGCAUUUGUCAUAGCGACCCGGUGGAUAUCUACAGGUGCAACUGUGCUCCGGGAUUCAAGGGCAGGAACUGCGAGACGACUCUGAACGCCUGCGUGAGCAACCCUUGUGCCAACGGAGGGCGAUGCCAAGUGAAUCAGGAGUUGGAGGAGGAGGGACAGUACAGCUGCACAUGCCCGCUGGGGUUCGAGGGCACCGUCUGCCAGACCAACAUUGACGACUGCGAAGACAACGACUGCGAGAACGGUGCCACCUGCGUGGACGGAGUCAACAACUACACAUGUUUUUGUCCCCCCUACUACACAGGGGAGAUGUGUGAGGAAAUGGAGGACGUGUGCGCCCCAGGACGAAGCCCCUGCCAACAUCAGUCUACCUGCCUCAUCACCUCCUCUGGGCCCAAGUGUGUGUGCGCUCCUGGUUAUGUGGGUGACGACUGCGGUGUGGACUACGACGACUGCCAGGAGCAUCGCUGUCAGAAUGGAGCCCAGUGUGUGGACGAACUGAACGGGUACACGUGCCGGUGUCAACAAGGUUACAGAGGUCAAUUGUGUGAGGUUCCUCCUUCGCUGCUGUCCCUGUGCGAGCUGGCCGACUGUCAGAACAGCGCCCCUUGUGUGGAGCGGGCCGGCCGCGCCCUCUGCCAGUGUCCUCCGGAGUUUGGCGGGCCGCGCUGCGAGAAGCUGGUCAGCGUCAACUUUGUGGACAGAGACUCCUACCUGCUGCUCUCCGACCUCAAGAACUGGCCGCAGGCCAACAUCACCCUUCAGGUAUCCACGGCAGAGGAUAACGGCAUCCUCUUGUACAACGGAGACAAUGAUCACAUUGCGGUGGAGCUGUACCAGGGUCACGUAAAGGUCAGCUACGACCCUGGCAGCCAGCCCGGCCACGCCAUCUACAGCGCCGAGACCAUCAACGACGGUCAGUUCCACACGGUGGAGCUCGUCACGUUGGACCAGAUGGUGAACCUGUCCAUCGACGGGGGUCUCCCCACCACCAUGGACAGCUUCGGGGCGGUGCGGCCCCUCAACGGAGAGGCUCCACUAUACGUGGGGGGGAUGCCCGUGGGCGUGCACCCGGGCGCUUUCCGCCUGUGGCAGGUCCAGAACAGCUCCAGUUUCCACGGCUGCAUCCAGAACCUGUACAUCAACAACGAGCUCCAGGACUUCACCAAGACCCAAAUGAAGCCCGGCGUGGUGCCGGGCUGCGAGCCGUGCAAGAAGAUCUACUGCAUGCACGGCAUCUGCCAGCCCGACGGCCUCCAGGGGCCCGUGUGCCACUGCCGGCCGGGUUGGGCCGGACAGCAGUGUGACCAGCCCGCCGGCAACCCCUGUCAAGGCAGCAAAUGUGUCCACGGCCGGUGCAUACCGCUGGACAGUCAAUCGUACCGCUGCGAGUGUAGCGAAGGAUACCGCGGUGCGCUGUGCAACCAACAGGGAGAGCUGUUCAACCCCUGCCGCCGGCUGUCCUGCGAACACGGCCGCUGCCACAUCUCGGACACGGGAGACGCCUACUGUCACUGUGAAAGUGGUUAUACUGGGGAGCUCUGUGACGCAGAGUCGGCGUGCCGGGGCGAGCCCAUGCGAGACUUCUACCAGGUGCAGCGGGGCUACGCCAUCUGCCAGACGACGCGCACCGUGUCCUGGGUGGAGUGCAGCGGCGCGUGCGAGGCGGGCACCUGCUGCGCCAGCCAGCGGAUGAAGCGUCGGAAAUACACGUUCGAGUGCAGCGACGGCACCACCUUUAGCGAGGAGGUGGAGAAGAGCAUCAAGUGCGGCUGCGUGGGCUGCGACGUCUAGAACGUGAUGGAAAAGAGAGAUUCUAAAGAAUAUAUAUAUAUAAAACCUCUAUCUAUAUAUUAAGGACUCCGACGCUUGUAAAAUAGGACAUGUGCUUUGUGAGCGACAGUAUCACAGAGUGGCAACUCAAAAGGCUCCAGAGAUUUCCACCCCCAAACAGGAGUGAGGACAGUGGGGAGAAUGAAAGAAGAAGAGAGCUGGACAAUUGGCCAAGCCGAGUUUGUUUGUUUAUUUGUCAGUCAACCACAAACAUCCACACACACACACACACACACAUAAAAAGAAGUUUGAGUGGCACAUAAUCAAGUGCGGAUGCGGUGACUUCAAGUAUACAGUGUACAUGAGUUUCCGGGCUUGACAAGCAUGUAUUUCCCCCUCCCUCCAACAGGGGGCCAUCUUGCGUCAACUCCUCUUGACACCUACAGUAUUAAAAACAAGAGGAGCAAAAGAUCACAGAUUAAAAAAAAAAAACAAAAAAAAAAAAACGUAAAACUUGUAAUUGAUUGAUUUGAUUAUAGUUUUCUGUUGUAUCAGCUUCAUUUCUCAUUUUUGUUUGUUCUAUUUUAUUUCAACAUGUAACCAAAAAAAAAAACUCGCCGUUUAUAUAGAAAUGCCUAACAGAUUCUAAUAUAUAUAUAUAUUUGUAUUUCUUUUUUUUUUUUUUUUUUUGGUAUAGUAUUUUUCUAUGUUAAGUGGAAGAUUGGUGGUAAAAGGCGUUGGCUUUUUUAUUAUUAUUAUUAUUUGUCCAACAUUUAAUGGCAAGUAGUAAUGGACCACACGCACACGUGCAUCUAUAAAAAAUGUUAGAAUAUGGUGGGAAGCUUUUAGUCCAAAUCAAAAAGUGAAACUCAUACAAAUUUAUGAAACACGUUUUUAGACCCUUUGUUUUUUAAAAACAAUAUUUUUAGACCAAUUCUUACCUAAUUUCUAUAUUAAAAAUGUUUGUGAUUUUUCUUGUACUGGUUAAAGGUGACUUUUAAGUUUCCGUUUGCUGUAAAAUAUGAUCAUUGAAAUGAUAAUAAAUAUGCUGAUUUCACGUUUUGAAUUGAGCUACUUAAAUUGAAUUUUCUACCAUAUUCCAAUGUAUUGCGAUGCACUUGUACACUUAUAAGAGCCACUGCUGGUCUGCUCUAGAACUCUGUCGUUGAAUAUUGUAUAUGUUGUCUUCCAUGUGAAUAUUACAUCCCGUUCGUGAGCGCCUCAGCUUGCUUUCACUCCUCUUUUUAUUUAUUUUUUUUUGUACGGCGAUGCAUUUAAGCGUGCGUUGCAUUUUUCCUAUUUUCAAAAAUGUCAAAAAGAAGAAAAAGAUUACAAAUUAAUUUAAAAAUUACAUUAAAAAAUGAAGCUGAAGUUCAAUAUGCAUCAUAAUAAGCUGCUGUCAAGCAUGAUUUGUGUUAGGAAAAUAACACAACCGUGCAACCGCUAUGACACAAUGAAAGGUCAGGACAUUUUCUAGCUGGUAUUAAAAAAAAAAAAGUAACGUUUUAUUGAGGUGCCAAUUGCAGUGAGCACAUAGCUGAAUGUAUAAAUGUGUACAGAUAAUAAAUAUGCUUAUUCAUGAAGUGGUAACUUUUAGCUGUCUUUUAGUUUAGAAUGGAUCACAUACUGUUCUGGAAUUCGGAUUCUGGUGAUCAUGUAACCGUACGGACGCUCACCGUCCUCCUUAUUGGCUGUGUGCCUCAUAAAGGCACACCUUUCGUGGAAUGUGACUUUUAUUUUUCUUGGCUUCCGUUGGUUCACGUCUCUUUGGUGUACAAGUACAACUUCCUGGUAGCCAUCUUAGUGGUGCUUGUGCUAUAUUGAGAUGUACUGUAACUCAAUCAGUAAAACUCUCCAUCCUAUGAGCUAUGAUAUACAUAACUAUGUUCAUGUAAACCACACGAUGUUGUAAAAAGAUUUUGCUUCUCUUUGUCACACGACUUGAUGGUGGGAUUGUAGCGAAAUAAGUCCCAAAAUGAUGCUGAAUGUAUGUAGUGCCACCGACAAAAUGUUUACCAAAAUUCCACUCUUUUCAUUCAUUAAACUUCUAUGUGUGUGC